GAGGAAAGUAGCUACUCCGCUGAGGGGGGAAAGAAGGAGCUGGAGACAGAUUGUGGGACCGAGCGCGGGCGGGCGGGAGGCGACGGAGCUACCAGCGGCUCCGCUCUUCUAUAUGAAAUAUGGGAGACGACAGACCGUUUGUGUGCAAUGCCCCGGGCUGUGGACAGAGAUUUACAAACGAGGACCACCUGGCAGUUCAUAAACACAAGCAUGAGAUGACAUUGAAAUUUGGCCCCGCUCGAACUGACUCAGUCAUCAUUGCAGAUCAGACUCCUACUCCGACUAGAUUCCUGAAGAACUGUGAGGAGGUGGGGCUCUUCAAUGAACUAGCUAGCUCUUUUGAACAUGAAUUCAAGAAAGCUGCAGAUGAGGAUGAAAAAAAGGCUCCUGCUGGGCCCCUUGACAUGUCUCUGCCUUCCACACCAGACAUUAAAAUCAAAGAAGAGGAGCCAGUGGAGGUAGACUCAUCUCCACCUGACAGCCCUGCCUCCAGCCCCUGUUCCCCGCCACUCAAGGACAAGGAGGUUGCCCCAAAGCCUGUUGUGAUCUCUACCCCAACGCCUACCAUUGUACGCCCUGGCUCCCUGCCUCUCCACUUGGGCUAUGAUCCACUUCACCCAACCCUUCCCUCCCCAACCUCUGUCAUCACACAGGCUCCACCAUCCAACAGGCAGCUGGGGUCUCCCACUGGCUCUCUUCCUCUCGUCAUGCAUCUUGCUAAUGGACAGACCAUGCCUGUGCUGCCAGGGCCUCCAGUACAGAUGCCUUCCGUUAUAUCGCUGGCCAGGCCUGUGUCUAUGGUGCCCAACAUUCCUGGUAUCCCUGGCCCACCAGUUAACAGCAGUGGUUCCAUUUCUCCCUCUGGCCACCCUGUGCCAUCAGAAGCCAAGAUGAGACUAAAAGCCAGCCUAACCCACCAAGUCUCAUCAGUCAAUGGUGGUUGUGGAAUGGUGGUGGGUACUGCCAGCACCAUGGUGACAGCUCGUCCUGAGCAGAGCCAGAUCCUCAUCCAGCACCCUGAUGCCCCAUCCCCUGCCCAGCCACAGGUCUCACCAGCCCAGCCCACGCCUAGUACAGGGGGGCGACGGCGGCGUACAGUGGAUGAAGAUCCAGAUGAGCGGCGGCAGCGCUUUCUGGAGCGCAACCGUGCUGCAGCCUCUCGCUGCCGUCAAAAACGGAAACUAUGGGUGUCCUCCCUAGAAAAGAAGGCAGAAGAACUCACUUCUCAGAACAUUCAGCUGAGUAAUGAAGUCACAUUACUACGCAAUGAGGUGGCUCAGUUGAAACAGCUAUUGUUAGCUCAUAAAGACUGCCCAGUCACUGCACUACAGAAAAAGACCCAAGGCUAUUUAGAAAGCCCCAAGGAAAGCUCGGAGCCAACGGGUUCUCCAGCCCCUGUGAUUCAGCACAGCUCAGCAACAGCACCUAGCAAUGGCCUCAGUGUUCGCUCAGCAGCUGAAGCUGUGGCCACCUCAGUCCUCACUCAGAUGGCCAGCCAAAGGACAGAACUGAGCAUGCCCAUACAGUCGCAUGUGAUUAUGACUCCACAGUCCCAGUCUGCAGGCAGAUGAUGCCUUCCCUUGUGGAGAGGUCCCCAGCCAGAGCUCGCCCGUUCCAGAGCCAAGAGAGAUGUCAUCUUAUCCCCUUGCGUCUGCCUUGGACAUGGCAGUUUGGGGGGGAAACUGUGUGUUGUGAGUAAAGGACAGAUGUGGGGCUUUUCAGCCACAUGGUCAUGUAUGUUGACACCUGUACUAGGAGCCUCCCAGCCCCAGAGCCAUACAGAUCAUCCCCUAAGGUGGGGUUUCUGAUAUCCCCACAGCCAAAGGCCUUUCCAGAUGGUGUGAACAAUCAAUCAUCCUUGCCCAUGCACGUGUACUUCUCUCUUUUAACACUAACCCUUGCACUUCUAGUUUUCGGGUUUCCCAGUUCCUUCUCUUUCCACUAAGCCAUGACUGUUAUCUUCUUGUUCCUUAGCAGCAUGCCACUUCCUGUUUGCUGGAGGGAGUUAGAAUCGAUGGCAUGUCACCUGCUGACCCAUCUCCAUCCCCCUGAUAGACUCAGGACUUUGUGUCCCAGUAGCUGCUUAUUUAUCCCUUUUUACCCAUCCAAAAUCUAAUGAGAAUAUUCACUUAGGGAGAAUAUAAGGUUAUCUUUGAUGUAUGAAGUAGCAGUAAUUUCCAGCUUUUCCAUAAACUUUAGUCUUUCUCCCUAUCUCCUACCAAAAAAAGUACUUUAAAAAAACAAACAAAAACCAAAAAAAGCAAAAAGAAAGUAACACAAACCCCAAGAGUUCUGAUCCUUUUUUUUAUCUAUUUCCAGAGCUAUUUGGGUACCACAUUUUGUCUCUUGAGUUUUCCCAAUCUAGUGCUGGGGCCUUUCCCAUCUCCCACUAAGCCUUCGCAGUCUUAUCUUGUGGCCUUAUUAGAUAGCGCUUGGUAGUGAAAGGGGGAAGAGCCCAGGAUCUGAUUGGCUGACUCCUCCCCUCUCUGCUCCAUCCUUCUUCAGUCUUAUUUUCAGGUCAGGCAGGAAAGCUCAUUACAUCAGGUUACUGGAUUGAUUCUUUUAUGUUUUAUAAAAGUUUACUGACCAAAGCGUACUUCGUCCUUUUGCUCAUCUUUCCACUCCUGCCUCUCCCUCUUCAUUCCCCUGACCACAUUAUCGCCUGUCUCAUUCAUAACUAGUUCAGAUGCAGCCCCAUAGAAGCUGUUGUGUAGCCCCCUCACUUUUCCCUCAUCUCUCAGCCUCACACAUCUGUCAUCUUUUCUGAGCUAGGGUCUUAUAUUCACAAGCAUCCCAUGCCCUCUGGGUCUGCCUUCUCUCUCUUUCAGCAUGCUCCUAGCCUAGCCACCAGGUCUCUCUGGUUCUGCAACAUUUCUUCGAUUCUUUUCUCCUCUCUUCCCCCUAGAUGCAAUGCUUCUCCAGUGUCCAAGCCCCAAGACUCUGAGGCAUUAUAACCAAGAUGGUUGGUUGGAUAAGAGGAGGCUGCUGAUUGGCAGGUGCAGUAGUAAUCUCAGUAAAAGAGCCCUGCUUGUUGAAGGGUCUAGCCUGCCUGAGAAAUUGGUGACUAUUGCUCUCAGCCAUUCUUAUAUUUGAAGAGUUGAGUUACAGAGGGGAAAUUCAUCUCUCUUGUCUCUCUUUCUUCCCCAUGAAGACUUCUCAUCUUCCUUUGGCUUUGAACUAUGCAAUUUCUAUCAGGGCCAUAGGAAGCAAUCCAAAGCCAGGGGCCUGUGGAUAAAUAUGUCAGCUUUAAUAGCUCUUCAGUAUGAAACCCUUCCAAUUGUCCCAGAGCCACCUUCUGCCAUCUGCCAAAGCCAAGAAUGUCCUUUUCUCCAUCUCUCCUACCUCCAUCUUAUACAUACAAAAUAACUCCCAGCUUCCUUUAUUAUUUGUCUUCUAAAAUUGGGGGUCGUAGGGGAAUGAGGAAAUGUUCUAAGCUACAAGAUUCCCAUCUCCUCAGAGUGAUAAACGGGUGAGCCAGUCAUGACAUGUUCUACUGCAUUGGUUUUUAAUUUUCCCUCCUGCUUUUCAGAGCCUGUGCUAAACAAGCCACAUGUGGUGAAGAGAAAGGAGAGAAAACAUGGUUUUCUCAUCCUCUACCACCCGGGACCCAAAAGGAACAGCCCCUGAGGAGGCUGAGAUUAGCAAAUGGCAUGGCAGAUGGUCAGGAUGCAGGUUACCACCUCCAGGGACUCCACUUGCCUUUAAAAAUUCACAGCCAUAACUUGUGCUCAGGACUUAUCUUUUAGACGGCUGCUCCCUGGGCUUUUCUCCUGCUUUAGUUUUGUUUCAUUUUUUUAUGAUCUCGAUUUCCCACUAGCAGGCUUGCCCUUAAGCUUGACUGAGUUUAUGACUCCUAAGGAGCCUUCAUAAGACUCUUCACUAUUUUUCUUCCCCCUUCAGUCAAGUGUUUUUCAAGUUAAGAAUCAGUUUGUCACUGUACACAUGCCCUGCCUCACUGCUUGGCUUUGGAGACAGUUUGAGUCCUGCCAGUCUGUCCCUGAGUAGGAUGGCUAGUUUAUAUAGAGGGUCUUAUUUACCUUCUUAACCCCCGUGUCUAAUUCUCUUGAAUCAGACAUGAAAAUUAUGUCUAAUUCUGAACGCCCAUGUCUAAUUCUCAUUUUCGUCCUUAGGAAGUCAGUGUCAGGGUCCUAAAUGAGGAGUGUUGACAGAACCAGCGUAGUAAAGCCGCAGUGACAUGAGGAAGGGGCGGGAUAGAACCCUCCAACAGCUCUUUAGUUGGUCCACAGUCUCACCAAGGUUAGCAGUUGCUAACCCUGAAGCCUCUCUUAUAGUCAAGUGGAACAUCAUUGAUCUUGUUACUGCUGCCAGCCCUGUGGUUGCUCUCCCUUAUCUUUGCCUUCCAGACUUACCUGGACCAGAAUCCAGCAUCAUGGAGGAUGUUACUUAGCCCUUCUUAAGAACCAUGGCCUUUCUAGGGACUUAAGGAAAGACACUCUGAAAGAAGCUGGGAGUAUGGACUCUUGGGGCUCUUCUACAUGAACGCACGACUCAGGUCUCUCACUUCACUCCAAAGACACAGCUGCUAGAUAACCAAGGCCAUAGAGAAAGAGGCCAGAACUAGGUCUUCUAGAAUGCGGACUUUCCGCCCCAUUCCUUUGAAAGCUUGCUUAGAGUUGAUAAGUCUGAAAAAGCCUCCCCUACAACUAGGGUGGACUAGAAAGAGUAGGACUUUUUUUACUUACUCUUUCCCUGUUGGUUGUAUAACCCAAAUCUGGCUUCCUUCAACCUGUACUCAUCUUCUUGGCCCUAAGCACUAGACCCUAUACUCUCGGUGGUAGUAAAGAGAUAACCUAACUGAACCUCACCUUGCCACCUUCCCUUUGCCUGUUGUGUUGCUUUUGGCUCCUUUCCUGAUUCACUGCCCUCCAGCACCACGCAUCCUGGUGGAUGGGGUACUUAAUCAAAACCAUGCCCUCCCUGUCUGCAGCCUGAAGCAUCACGCAGACAUCAAGAUAUUCCUCCUCUGGUUUCUGAGGCUCCUGUGUUCCACACUGAGGAGCUCCUCUAAAGGUGCUAGCCCUGAGACAGCUCUUCCCCCAAAAGUUCUCCCUUUUUUUCAUAGCCUCCUUUCCAUCCCCAAAUCCUUAUUUUCCAUUAAUAUUGUACAUUGUAUACACAGGAAAGAAAUGUAUUUUUUUUUUAAUUUCAUAACCAGUCUGUUUAGAAUCCCAUCCUCCUAGCUGUAUCACAUAUGUCUUGAUUGAUGUGCUCUUUCUAAAGCUUUCUUUAGACUUCUGUUUGACAGGGGUGGAGGGAGGAACAAGACAAGUGAGGACCCCCAGCCUCCCACAACCUUAAUCCCCUCAGAGUACGGAAUUCUCUCUGUUUCUGUUUACAACACACACGUGCACACAGACAUAAAUCCCCACCUCCUCCACCCCACUGGCUGCUGACCCAGCAGGAAUGAGCAUAGGUGGCUGCCAACCACCAUUCCCACCCUCUCUAGCAGUCCAUUCAUCCCUCUUUGGGGUAAAGUCCUACCCUCAAAAUGAGAAAAGGCUGCGGAGAGAAGGGAAGGUCAAGGCAGCUUAUGUCCUUUGUAGGUGCAGGUUUGCAUUGUAGCUGCUAGGGUUUGUUUUUUAAUGGGGGCUGAUAGCACAGAGAUAUCUACCAGCAUUAGUUCCUACUGGUGAGUGAUGUUUUAGCUGUAAGAAAUGGCUACAAGCACUAGUUCAUUGACUGCCUUAUGGCAGUGGUUCUCAGAACAUGGUCCAGGACCAGCAGCACCAGCAUCUGAGAACUUGUUAGAAAUGUACUUUUGGUCCCCACCCUUAACCUAGUGAAUCAGAAACUCUGGGGAUGGGCUCUAACAGGCACUCCAAGUGAUUCUUACACUAAAGUUUGAGAACCAUCGCCUUUGGGGCAAGCCGGAAAGUUCUUGUAGGGUAUCAAGACUAUUUAAGUACCAUCCUCUGCCUUAGCACUAACAUAUGUGUUUUUCCAUUUCCUCCAGUCCCUCUCUCCACUCCCAUGAAACAACCACAUUAUUCAUCUCAAAAUUUAGGUUUGUCUUCAUCCUACUUUUUCCUAAAACCUGUCUUGCAUCAGUCUGGACAGGUGCUCUUCCAUAUUCCCUUACAGACUGGUCACUCCAUGCUCUUUGUUGCAGGAAGGACCAGCUGGAGUUUUAGCUGUCCUGUUCUCUCAUACACACACCAAACGCACACCCCCUUCAGCAGGGAGAUGAGCCUCCAGCCCGAGCAGUGGAGGCUGCAGCCUCCUGACAUAGUAUCUGUUGAAAAGAAAACAGUGUCUAUCAGUAGUUAUAUCUCUGCUCAUCUGUGUAUCUUUGACAUGUAGCAAAACCUCUCUAUCUCAUCAAGGAACUCCAUUGUAGGACUGAGUCUCCCCAGUCCCCAGUGGUGAACUUUGACAGGUGAGAGCAUGCAAUGCUACAGGCUAUUUUGUUACAAAACCAUCUCCCCUUCCCCUCCACUCAAUUCAGCAUCUUCCCCGUGAGCAGGCUCUCACAAUCUCCCAGGACGGGGCUGAGGCAGAGUCUUCGCUCUAUUCUCCCUAGCCAUCCCUUCUGCCUUCCCCCUUGCCACUUAGCAGUUAUCCCCCAGCCAUGCCUUUUCCCUCUUUCCCUUGCCCUGACAUAUAUUGUGCCUUAUUUAUGCUGCAAAUAUAACAUUAAACUAUCGAGAGAA